GGUCUCCGCGUCUUCCUUCCGGGUCGCGCUGGGCCGGCCUCUGAGCCGUCGCGCCGCAGCGCGGGACUCUGGGAGCCGCCCCCGCGCCCGCGUCUCCCGGUGCCGCCUGGGUCGCUGGUGAGGCCCAGGGCGUGCACCUCUCCCGGACCCGGCAGGAUGGAUAAUUCUGUGCCUACCUAUAAAUGCAGAUCUAUGUUGGCUGAUUUGUUCCUGGUUGGGAAUCUCUGUGAAGUCAUGAAGGUCACUGUUCUCUCUUCUAGAAAGGUAGUUCCCUAAAGCCAGGUAAAAGAAUGUGACAUUUCAACAUUUGAACCUGAAAUCAGCAUGCAGAUUUCAGGCCACAUGGAUGAAUGCCAACUUUUGCAUUUCCUGUGUGUAUCCUGUGACCAUUCUCUCUGGGAACAUCCUUCAAAGAGUUCAUGCGUCUUACUGAGGACACCUGACCUUUUGAAGCUUCAUAAUUCACACCUAGAUGUCACCAGUCUUUCCCAUGUUAACAGUUCUGACUAUGUUUUAUUAUAUAUGCCUUCGGCGCCGAGCCAGGACAGCUGCAAGAGGAGAAAUGAUGAACAGCCAUAGAACUAUAGAAUCAAACAGCCGGACUUCCCCUCUCAACGCAGAGGUGGUCCAGUAUGCCAAAGAAGUAGUGGAUUUCAGUUCCCAUUAUGGAAGUGAGAAUAGUAUGUCCUAUACCAUGUGGAAUUUGGCAGGUGUACCAAAUGUAUUUCCAAGUUCUGGUGACUUCACUCAGACAGCUGUAUUUCGAACUUACGGAACAUGGUGGGAUCAGUGUCCUAGUGCUUCCUUGCCGUUCAAGAGGACACCGCCUAAUUUUCAAAGCCAAGACUACGUGGAACUUACUUUUGAACAACAGGUGUAUCCAACAGCCGUUCAUGUUCUGGAAACUUAUCAUCCUGGAGCAGUCAUUAGAAUUCUGGCUUGUUCUGCAAAUCCCUAUUCCCCAAUUCCACCUGCUGAAGUAAGAUGGGAGAUUCUUUGGUCAGAGACACCGACGAAGGUGAAUGCUUCCCAGGCUCGCCAAUUUAAACCUUGUAUUAAGCAGAUAAAUUUUCCCACAAACCUCAUACGGCUGGAAGUAAAUAGUUCUCUUCUGGAUUAUUACACUGAAUUAGAUGCAGUCGUGUUACAUGGUACGAAGGACAAGCCAGUGCUUUCUCUCCAGACUUCACUUAUUGACAUGAAUGAUCUAGAAGAUGAUGACUAUGAAGAAAAGGAUGGUUGUGGCAUGGACAGUCUUAGCCAAAAGUUUAGCAGUACUGCCCUCAGGGAAGGGCCAAAUAAUGGAUAUUUUGAUAAACUGCCUUAUGAGCUCAUUCAACUGAUUCUGAAUCAUCUUACGCUACCAGACUUGUGUCGAUUAGCACAGACUUGCAAACUACUGAACCAGCAUUGCUGUGAUCCUCUCCAAUACAUCCACCUCAAUCUGCAACCGUACUGGGCAAAACUGAAUGACACCUCUCUGGAAUUUCUGCAGGCUCGCUGCACCCUCGUUCAGUGGCUUAAUUUAUCUUGGACUGGCAAUAGGGGCUUCAUCUCUGUUGCAGGAUUUAGCAGGUUUCUGAAGGUUUGUGGAUCUGAAUUAGUGCGCCUUGAAUUAUCCUGCAGCCACUUUCUUAAUGAAACUUGCUUGGAGAUUAUUUCUGAGAUGUGUCCAAAUUUACAGGACUUAAAUCUCUCAUCCUGUGAUAAACUACCACCUCAAGCUUUCAACCACAUUGCCAAAUUAUGCGGUCUUAAACGACUUGUUCUCUACAGAACAAAAGUAGAGCAAACAGCGCUGCUUAGCAUUUUGAACUUCUGUUCAGAGCUUCAGCACCUCAGUUUGGGCAGUUGUGUAAUGAUUGAAGACUAUGAUGUGAUAGCCAGCAUGAUAGGAGCCAAGUGUAAAAAACUCCGAACUCUGGAUCUGUGGAGAUGUAAGAAUAUUACUGAGAAUGGGAUAGCAGAACUGGCUUCUGGGUGUCCGCUUCUGGAGGAACUCGACCUUGGCUGGUGCCCCACUCUGCAGAGCAGCACCGGAUGUUUCGCCAAACUGGCACGCCAGCUCCCAAACUUGCAAAAACUCUUUCUUACAGCUAACAGGUCUGUGUGUGACACAGACAUUGAAGAACUAGCGUGUAAUUGUACCAGAUUACGGCAACUGGACAUACUAGGAACAAGAAUGGUAAGUCCAGCAUCCUUAAGAAAACUUCUGGAAUCUUGUAAAGAUCUUUCCUUGCUUGAUGUGUCCUUCUGUUCACAGAUUGAUAAUAGAGCUGUGCUGGAACUCAAUGUGAGCUUUCCAAAAGUGUUCAUAAAAAAGAGCUUUACGCAGUGACUUAAUAUGUGUUCUAUAAUAAAAUCAAUGCGCUUUUGUAGGGUUUUAUUUUAGAGUUGGUUUUGUUUAGUUUUUAUGAUGGUGGGAAUGUCUUAAUAUUCCAUUAAGGCAUUUGUAGAUUUUUGAAGAAAAAAAUAUGAAAUUGUCCAUUAAAUCAAGUAAAAAUGUAAACAAGUGUUUUGAGAAGAUAUUGCAAGCACUUUUCUUGAAGAAUAUGUGAGUGGCUCACAUUAUGUGUACCUUAUGUUAAUCAGUAAUAUUAUUCUUUAGUCAGUAAUUACCUGUGUAAUAAAAGAAUAAUAUGGAAACCUUUUAACUUAUUUUUAAAGGAACAUGUUGAGCCAGAAAGUAUCAUGAUAUUUAAAAAUAAAAAUAAUUUUUCACACCUCCA